AUGGAGAGGAUUGUGAUAUCAUCAGCAAUAAAACUGACCUUGGAACAACCGAUGGAUGCUCAAGCCAACAAUCAAAUCCAAAAUGAAGAAAUAGAUUAUGUUGGUGUACAUUAUCUUCAACCAAACGAUCGUAAACCAAAUAAUCAAGUCGUUCCUGAUCAUAAUAUUCCUAGAGAGCAACAAAACAUUUAG